AUGGUCAAAGGCAAGACAGUGAUCCUGGCGGACAUCCCAAAAAAGGUCAUGGCAGAAGCCACAUCGCUGUUGGAAUCCCUCACUCAAGGUGCAGACACACAGAUCGAUGACAAUUCCAGCAAGGACGAUCUGGAGAACAGAAUGCCUGGGUAUUCCUUCCUGACCAACACUAGGGACAAUCAUUUCGCCCUGAUCACUCGUUUCCUUUCCGAUCGCCAGUACGCUCUGGGACAGGAGAGGGGGGAAGUGAAAUGGAACGCCGUGUUGACAGGAGACUGGAUGAGAAAGGUGCAGGAGCUCAACAUGUGCCUGAUUUUCCUCAUCCAUCUAGGGAGUGGACAGCCAGCUUGGGGCACCGAGAUCCUUGGCAUCCUGUUCCGAAACAUGCAGAAUGUCCACAGGAGCCUGUUCAUGACCCCCGAUGGUCUUGCAACGAUCAUUGGGUAUAACAAGACAAACUCCACUGCUGGAGUGGAGUGA